AUGAAUAGAAACAUCCACAAUAGUAUAAGUUAUACAAAGAAUUCGCCAGAAGUAUCGCAAAGGGACGGAGUUACAUCGACUGAAAACCGCACCAUACCUGAUGACGAACCGUUCGCGACCGACUCAACGUAUGCAUCAAUUUAUUGGUUGUUUAAUUACAUUAAAAUGUGUACUUCUCGGUUAGCGAGUGACUUAUACACUUCGUCGAUGGGCUAUUGGUACCCCGACGGGGACUUACAACCGCCCCAUAUCGUGAAUCUCAUUCAAGUGCAGAGCAGGCUCCGCGCAGAACGCGAGUCGCACACGGUCACGUACAGCAGUUCCAGACCCGGAGCCCUCUCCCCGGCGCUAUCAAUGAACAACUUCUUCAGCACAUCUAAGUCCUAUACUCUUUCCUGUGAAGAAGACGCGGGCAUCCAUUACACACCAAAAGAUCUUGAAUACCUUGGGAAUGACCGGGAUCCGAUGUUCGUUAUUGUGGACUCGAGCUGCGUCAGUAAUCCCAGUUCUAGGGAACUGCUCAUCGAUAGUAAAUUUAAUUCUAGAGAUACGAUUCUGAAACGCAACUUCAAUAAGAGUGUUAUACCUCUUGAUGUGCCUUCGACUAGCAGAGACGUCAGAAAUGAUUACUUGAUAUCACCGAUGAAGGAAACAGAUUCCUCCGAUGAAAUGCAAAUGGUAGACAUAAAUCUCCAAAGUGAUAACGAUAUAUUGGUCGGUGAUAUAGACAGCGACAGUGAUUCCAUAGUGAUAUCCUAUCUGAGGAAUAAAGAUAUGUUUCUAGAUUUAGAAGGAACGCUUAUGUCCACGAAAAAGAAAUCGUCUCUACUGGAAAGUGUACCCAGAAUGGAAACAAUAUUAGAAAGUGAACAGUUUAGUGCAUUUCCGAUAACGUCUACUACGGACACACAUUUAACAAAUUUAUAUAAAAAUGGAAACGAAACAAAUUAAUUUCU